AUGGGCACCCUGACCCCCCACUGCUCGCCCUCAGGGUGCACCGAUGACAUUGUCACCAGUGACCACUCUCCCGUCUUCGCCUCCUUCGAGGUGGGGGUCACCUCCCAGUUUGUCUCCAAGAAAGGGCUCUCCAAGUCCUCGGAGCAGGCGCACAUCGAGUUCGAGAGCAUCGAGGCCAUCGUGAAGACUUCGAGCCGCACCAAGUUCUUCAUCGAGUUCUACUCCACCUGCCUGGAAGAGUUCAAGAAGAGCUUCGAGAACGAUGCCCAGAGCAGCGACAACAUCAACUUCCUCAAGGUGCAGUGGUCAUCCCGGCAGCUGCCCACGCUGAAGCCCAUCCUCUCGGACAUCGAGUACCUGCAGGACCAGCACCUCCUGCUCACCGUCAAGUCCCUGGAUGGGUACGAGUCCUACGGGGAGUGCGUGAUCGCGCUCAAGUCCAUGAUCGGCAGCACGGCGCAGCAGUUCCUCACCUUCCUGUCGCACCGCGGCGAGGAGACCGGCAACAUCCGCGGCUGCAUGCGCGUGAGGGUGCCCGCCGAGCGCCUGGGCACCCGCGAGAGGCUCUACGAGUGGAUCAGCAUCGACAAGGAUGAGGCCGCCGCCAGCAAGGGGAAGGUGCCGCUGGGUGCCAGGGCCACCCAGGACUGUGCCAGAUCCUCCACCCGCAAGCCCGCAGCCGCUGCCGAUCCCUCCACCAUUCCCAAGCCUGCGGAGGAGCCGGAGCAGAGCAGCACCAUCCCUGCCCCACGGCCCCCAGCCCCACACCGCAGGGAUGAGCCCGCCCCCAGCCGCCCCAGGCCGGACCCGGAGCCGCUGCACACCAGCUUCAACAACCCCGCUUACUACGUGCUCGAGGGGGUCCCGCAGCGGCGCCGCGCCUCCAGCCCCCCCGCGCCGCGGGACGGGAGCUCCGAGGACGAGGACGCGCUCAACCUCCCCCCGCCCGACUUCCCCCCGCCGCCGCUGCCCAGGGACGCGGCCACGGAGCCCCCGGGCCGGGAGGAGCCGCGGCCCCGGCCCGGCCCCACCGAGGGGCUCCCCCCGCGCCUGCAGCCGGGCCCCGACGGCUCCUGCUCCGUGCUGCAGAUGGCGAAGAGCCUGAGCGAGGAGGAGUUCGGGGCCGGCCCGCGCCUGCCCCACGAGCACGGGCGCGCAGGGGCCGCGUUCCGCACGCACCCCAUCCGGGAGAGCAUCCAGGAGGAGCUGGCAGAGGAGGCGGUGGGUGCCGGGGGUGCUGUGGGGGUCUGGCUGCGCGCCCUGGGGCUGCAGAGGUACGAGCAGGGGCUGGUGCACAACGGCUGGGACGACCUCGAGUUCCUCAGUGACAUCACGGAGGAGGACUUGGAGGAGGCCGGAGUGCGGGAUCCGGGCCACAAGCGGGUCCUCCUGGAGAGCCUCCAGCUCCGCAAGUAGCUGGGAUCCCCCAUCCGGGCAGCAUCCUGGAUCCUGCAUCCUGGAUCCUGCAUCCCGGCAGCAUCCUGGAUCCUGCAUCCUGGAUCCCCCAUCCCGGCAGCAUCCUGGAUCCUGCAUCCCGGCAGCAUCAUGGAUCCUGCAUCCUGGAUCCUGCAUCCUGGAUCCUGCAUCCCGGCAGCAUCCUGGAUCCCCCAUCC